AUGGCUCGAGACAGCACCCUCAGCAUGGCAAUUUCUUUCGCCUUCGUUGCAAUAUGCCUUUUCCAAGUCCAGGCGACGGGUGUUGACCCCGGUCCUCCCAAACCAGCGUUCCUAAGCUUAAGCUCUGAAAAAUUACUCGAGGGGUAUAAAAAGCUUGAGCAGGGCAGCAAGCUUGAAGGCGCAAAGUUCCCUGAGGUUGAAUUCAAUGACGAAAUAUACUGGGACGGAAAAUUUGACACUACCUAUUCGUUCAAUCAAGAGUACCCUUUCGAUAUUUGGGAGGACGGUGUGGAUACUGAAGAGGAUGAAUACAAUGGUGCACAUCCGCAUUUCCUCGCCUCUCGCCUCCCUGGUAUUGGAAGCAGCAAGGAUAUCUACCCUUACAUUGCUAGCACUUCGCCAGUACAGCAUGGCCGUUCUCAUAAGUUCAUGUAUUGGGAUAUGGUAUGGAACCAGGCUGAAAAAGAGAAACACGGUGAUAUCAUCCUGGUGGACUUGGCGGACUAUGCCCGUGGCGGACAGGACAAGAACCAAGGAGAUAUUAUUCCGUCUGUCACCACGAAGAGCCUAAGCUUUACGCCGCCGGAAGACAAGGGGAAAAAACAGAAUAUUCCACCAUACCGGGGAACAUAUUCUGUGCAUUAUAAAGGCAGCAAUGCCAAAUGGGCCCAUAGCGAUAUUGAGUAUCGUCAGAUCAGCCUGGAAUACCAUGACGACUCUAAGAAGCCGGCUGGAAGUGGUCCACACAACGUGCAUUACUUUCACAUUAGCUCUUGGAAAAACCGACAAGCAAUUGCUCCAGAGAAGCUGCAAUUCCUCAUCGACGAGGUCGACAAGAAAUUCAAAGGCCAGAAGAUCAUCGUGAACUGUCUUUUGGGGCUGGGGCGUACAGGUUCCUUUAUCGAAGCAAGGGAGAUGUAUCGGGAGACAGUGAAAGCGAAAGGUACUAAAUGGCUCUCGUCCUCAGGUGACCCGAUUGCGGAAUAUACGGCCACGCUGCGCAAGAGACGGGCGUUUAUGAUCGACAGUGCCGCGCAAUAUGAGUUCUUACAUACCUGGGCAGCAAGGCUGUGGGCCAUGACAACUGAAGGUAAUGCCAAGACCGCAGGCGGCUCUGUGGGCAAUCCGCCCAGCCAGGGUCGUCGGCCGCCAACACCAUGA